UUUAACCGAGAUUUCUAGCUUUUGAGUCAUUUGUCUUCCUUAUUAUAGCAAAUAGCAAAGUAGCAAGUAGCAAAGUGACGUCAUAAUGACGUCCGAUUUUGGUCAGAAGAAGACCAAUUAGACGUCAUAAAUUUGGUCCUGUAAGACCCGAAAAUGACGUCAAAAUGUCACAUCCUCAGGACGUCAUAUUUUGAUGUCGUACUGAUGUCAUUUUCUGACGUCUUAUUGACGGCAUUUUCUGACGUCUUAUUGACGGCAUUUUGUGACGUGUUAUUAACGGCAUUUUCAAACGUCUAAAGGUUUAUUUAUGGAGGCCGUAACCGUUAACUUAUGCUGUAAAAUUUAUCAAUCGAAGUCGAUUAUUCUUGUAAUAAUCGACUGCGAUUGGUCAAUUUCUUACAGAUUACAGCGUAAGUUAACGGUUACGUCCUUCAUAAAGCUGGGGACACACACUUUCCGUAAUCGUAACCGUAAGGUUUCGACUAAUCGCGUUGCUCGAUUCGGCAGUCCGUAACCGUAACCGUAACCAUAACGUAGUGGUCGAAAAAUUUCAGCAUGUUGGAAUUCUAUGGUAUGUUUCUUACGGAUAGCCAAUCAGAUUGACGUUGUCUGACGUCACAGUCAACGAGGUUGUCUGACGUCACAGUCCGGCGCGAUCAAGAAAGCAUUCUGAGAUAAGUGUAUGGAUCAUUUGUAUUGCCACAAAAUGUAUACAGACUCCGAAGAUAUACAAGAUAUAAGUGUGAUGGAAGUAGCAUCGGAUUUAGUAUUCAAUUCGAUACAUACGACCGAAUUGAAUACUGAAGCCGAUGCUACUUUCAUCGACAUCGUGAGAGGUUAUCCUCAUCUUUAUGCAAAGAACUUGAAAGAUUUUAAAGAUAAAAAUGUACGUGAACGCUCAUGGGAAGAAAUAGCAUCCGUUCUAAAUUGUUCAGUGGAAGAUUGUCAGAGGCGAUGGUUACGCUUGAGAGAAAAAUUUGCAAAAGAGCGAAAGUUACGGGAUGCAGAAACAAAGAGUGGUAGUGGAAGUAUUACAGGAAGAAAAGAAUGGGCUUUGUAUCAAAAUAUGAUGUUUCUUUCGAAACAUGUUCAGUCAAGAAAUCCGCUACACAACGACCGGUGAUUAAAGCACACCCAGUAUCGUCUUGUAUUUCAAGUACUCAAAAUCCUUAAUCUCCAAUAUCAGUAUCAUUAUCACCUUCCUAGUCACCAUCAAAUUCUGAUAGCAUGCUAUUCUCUUCAGUGUUGCCUGCAAGUUCCCGAAAUACCCCACCACCUCAAAUAUAUACUCAUCAACAAUCACCAAUUUUUCUAAAUUCUCCACUGCCGAAGAAUUCUGCAUUUCAUAUAAUACAUAGCUCAACACCAUCACCUAGUGACGGAAAUGGUCACAAUUUAACUAUUUCUUUGACAUCUCCACAAUCUAUUCUGACUCCUCAAUCCUCUAAAUGUGAAAAACCAACAAAUCCAGAGAUAUCUUCACAAACAUCAGAACAAAACAUUUCGAUACCUAAAAGAAAAUCAGAGAAUAUGUAACAAGAAGAGAAGAAUCAUUUUUUGCCCGGAUGGACCCAAAGAAAAAAACGCUCUGACGCUGUUGAAGCAAAUUUUUUGAAAGUAUCAUCGGGAUUAAGUUCAUAUCUCAGAAAUUCCCAAGAUACAACAUCAAAUGCAAGCGAUGUAGAGUUAUUUGGAAAAUGGAUUUCUUGUGAAUUGGGAAAAUUGCCUGAAAUGGAUAAGAAACAAAAAAUGGAAUAAAUUACACAAAUUAUAUUUACAUCAUAAGUGUUUUAUGUAUUCUACAGAUUCGUUCA